AUGGUGCACGAGCCGGAGGUCGUAUACCGUCUGGGGGUUGACGUAGGUGGAACCAAUACAGACGCUGUUCUCCUAGCUCUCUCCGAAGAUCAUAAGAAGAAUGCCGUUCUCUCGGCACACAAGUCGCCUACUACUGUAGACGUCAUGGAAGGUAUCAUCAACGCCGUGUCCAUGGUAGUAAAGGAUGUCAAAGACAUGUCUACCAUCCAAGCGCUCUCUAUCGGCACAACGCAUUUCGUCAACGCGUUGAUCACCCGAGAUCCUCGUCGCCUAGAAAAAGUAGCGGUGAUAAGGCUCUGCGGGCCGUUCAGCCUCAAAACCCCUCCUUUUUCCGGGUUCCCCAGAGAACUGAGGCACAUUCUCGGCGGGCCAGUGUUCAUGCUCUCCGGAGGGUUGCAGAUCGACGGGCGCGAGAUCGCACCCGUCCUCGAAUCCGAGAUCAUCGCUGCCUGCUCGCAAAUCGCCGCCGCAGGGAUCCGUGCCGUCGCCGUCGCCUCCGUCUAUGCGCCCAUCGAUUCCGUCUUCAAACAAGAAGAGCGCGUGGCAGACCUCGUGCGCGCCCACGUCCCCGGAGCGCUCGUGACCAUCUCCAAACAUAUAUCCAACAUAGGCCUUCUAGACCGAGAGAACGCGUCGAUCCUCAACGCCGCCCUGCUCUCCUAUGCGCGCAAGACCGUGCGCGGCUUCCGUUCUGCCGCUCAGAGGCUGCAGCUCACUUGCCCAGUGUUCAUCACCAGUAACGACGGGACGCUGCUAACGUGUGAGCAGGCGGCCAAGUUUCCCAUCAGGACGUUUAGCAGCGGGCCGACGAAUAGCAUGCGGGGGGCGGCGUGGUUAGCCCAGCUAGAGAUGGGACAGAAGAAAGGCGAGGGCGCGUUGGUUGUCGAUAUCGGGGGUACAACUACGGACAUUGGUAUGCUCCUCCCUACCGGGUUCCCGCGACAGGCCGCAGCGAGACAUCAUCUCUGCGGUGUCCGACUCAACUUCUCGAUGCCGGAUGUAGUCUCUAUCGGCCUGGGCGGAGGGUCCAUCGUACGCUCUCAUACUGAUGACGGGAGAGUCACCGUAGGACCGGACAGUGUAGGGUAUAGGAUUACCCAGGAGGCACUCGUCUUUGGGGGCAAGACGCUCACUGCAACCGAUGUGGCUGUCGCGAGUGGCAGAGCCGCAGACGUGGGGGACAAGAGUCUGGUGGAGCAUGUGCUCAAGGAGAUGGUAGAGAAGGCCCAAGCGAGGAUCAAGAGCAUGCUCGAGACGACAUUGGACUCGAUGAAGACGUCUGCUGCGGACAUACCAGUGUACCUUGUUGGGGGAGGCGCGAUACUCGCCCCGGAUCAUUUGGACGGCGUUAGUCGCGUAGUGAGGUUCAAGAACUCUGGCGUGGCGAACGCGUGCGGGGCUGCUAUUGCGCAGGUAGCAGGCACGGUCGACACGGUGGAAGAGAUCUCCUCGCGCUCUAUCCCGGAAGUACGCAAGCUCAUCGAGCACCGUGCUAUGGACCUGGCGAUCAAGGCCGGUGCGAACCCGGACAAAGUCAGUAUCAUAGAGAGCGAGGCUAUCCCGAUCGCGUAUACUGCUGGAAGAUGCAGGUUCUACGUCAAGGCCGCCGGGGAGUGGAAGGGCGUGUCCGACGCCGAGGCUGAAGCGACGCCAGAGGCCGAAGACCCGGAGCCGGCUGUCAACGGCAAAGACGUCAACUACGAGCCUGAGGAAGCGGACAAGAUCCUCUCCGCGAAGGAGAUAAUGGCCUACCGCCCGCAAGUUUCUGAUGCGCUAUGGACGCUCUCGGAACUCGACCUCGAGUGGAUCGCAGAAGGGUGUUAUAUCCUCGGCUGUGGGGGCGGCGGAUCCCCGCAUCAUAUGUUCCUUCAGAUGAGGGAGGCCGUCAGGGGAGGGGAGAAGAUACAGGUUAGGGAUCUGAGCAGCUUGCCGGAUGACGCUGUGCUUGGGUGGGGAGGGGCACUUGGGAGUCCGGAGGUCGCGGAUGAGAGGCUCUUGGGGGAGGAGUAUACGGAAGCGACGCAGGAGCUGAUCAAGUUUAUGGGUAUCAAGGAUGCUUUCGCUGGGUUUAUCGCCCUCGAAAUCGGCGGUGCGAACGGGAUGAUCAACAUGACACUCGCCUCGAGUGCAGUGUAUGGCUGGCCCGUCAUCGAUGGCGACUUUAUGGGAAGGGCGUAUCCGACUAGCUGGCAAACCACCCCGAACGUUUAUGAUGAUACCGGAAAGGCAAAGUUCUUACUUCCUUCGGUCAUUUCCAGCGGAGACGGCAAUAUCAUGAUAAUGACGAAAGUCAAAGUUGAUCGUGAUCAUGAUUCUGCACUGCGUGCUGCCUGUACAGAGAUGGGCACCUUUGUGGGAUGUGCAAUGGCCCCGUUGACUGCGGCUUACUGUCGGCGGGCAAUGAUUCACAACACGAUAUCCCUUUCCUGGAGGAUUGGCCGUGCAGUUGCUUAUGCCCGCAAAUCCGCGCAGUUGGGCAAUGUUGGCAACGUAAUUAUUGACUCUCUUGGUGGAAAGGAGACCGGACGCGUGCUUUUUAGCGGGAAGAUCAUCGAUGUGGCUCGAUCGGUUUACAAAGGUCACACGGUCGGCCGGGUCACCAUCGCUGUGUUGCAGGACCACGCUGAGCCUACGGAUGGACCGGUCGAACAAUUCCAGGGCACUCUCAUGAUUCCGUUCAAGAAUGAGAAUCUCUACUGCGAGCUCGACUUGAAGGACGGCAGCAAGCCAACGGUUAUCGCAACAGUUCCAGACUUGAUCAUGGUUGUUGACGCCCAAAAUGGGGCGGCACUUGGCACGCCGGAUUACAAGUACGGUCUAAGGGUAAUCAUCAUCGGUGUGACAGCUGCACCGCAGUGGACAGAUACGCCCAGGGGUCUGGAAAUAGGAGAUUGUCGUGCAUUUGGAUUCCCAGAAAUUCCUUAUAAGGCGCUUGGCCAGUAUGUGAAACCCAGGAGUGUAAUUGAGGAAUUCAGCACGUAG